AUGGAGUGGGUAGACAAAUAUCUACUUCCACUUGAAACAGAUAAUACUUCUCAGCUUAGAUUCUGCUUUGAGGAAAGAGACUUUGAAGCUGGAUUACCGAUUCCAACUUUAACAGUCAAUAGCAUCAGAAGAAGCAGGAAAAUUAUUUUUGUGAUAUCCCACUAUUUUUUUUGAAUGACCAAUGGUGUACUAGGUUCAAGAUAUACCAGGCCGUCCAGCAAGCCAUUGAGCAGAGUCGUGAUUCCAUCAUUCUCUUGUUUAUUGAAGAUAUUCCAGAUUACAAAUUAAAUCACAGCAUAAACCUGAGAAGAGGAAUGUUCAAGUCCCGCUGUGUUCUAGAAUGGCCUGUCCACAAAGAAAGACUGAAUGCUUUCAAGCAAAAACUUAAGAUUGCCUUAGGAUCAACUAACGUGGUGAAUUGA